AUGUGGGCGCGCCCCUCCGGUGCCGCGGGCGCCGCCGGCGCAGCAGCGGUGGCAACGGAGGCGGCGGGAGAGGCGGGAGCGGAAGCAGAGGCGGCAGGCGGGGCGGUCGGCUCGUGGUUUGCUGCCGAGUGUCACGUGGACGGCUUACUCCUCGGACGCGCGGUCCACCACACCGCCCACCUCGCGUGCGGCGUCGCGGCGGAGGAUGCGUUGCUCCUCCUCUGCCCUCUGAAAUGGGAGGCGGUGCUCGGCAACCCGGAGCUGUGGCCGCACGUCGCGAUGCGCGGCGGCAGGCUCGUUCCUCUACCGCGCGCCUCGCCGCCUCUGCAGUCGCUCUCGGUGUGGGACGAUUCAAUCGUGGACGCCAACGAGUUUGUCUGGACAACCCGCACGCCAGCGCAGGUGCUCGCUGACCUCGCGGCGCUCCGGUUCGGAACCACCCAGCCGUCGGCGCACCACGAGGUUGUGGAGCGGCUCCUCCCUGCGGUCGACGAGCACGCCCCCUCGCGGGUGCACCGCCUCACCACGCGGCUCGGGAGCCUAGAAGCGGAAGACGUACUGAUGCUCGGGAAGUACGUCGGCGUUGGAGAGGGCGUGUGCCGCCGGCGGGCGGCGCAGCUGUCCACACUCGAGGUGGUGCGCGAGGCUCUGCGCGAGCACUACCCGCAGCUGCAGCUGUGGAGCGACGUGGUCGCCUUCUUCAGCGACGAUGCCAAGCGCGCGCCUCGGCGUGCCGGAGACGCAGCCCCUCGCCCCGGAGACGCAGCCUCUCGCCUCCCCUCUCGCUCGGGCCUGGCGCAGCAGCUGCUCGAGGCCGACAAGAGGAGCAUCCGCACCGACAAGCGGGCGGAGAGGGAGCGAGGCCGCAGCCAGGAGGCCUCGCAAGCUUGCGCCGACGCCGCGCUGGCGGCGGCGGCCGACGGCGGCGGCGGCGGCGGCGGCGGCGGCGGCGGCGGUAGCCGACAGCUCGCCGGAGAGGGUGCCGGGUUCGUCACGAGCUGGCAGAACCAGUUUCGCGUCGAGUCCGCGCGGCGGAAGCGGGUGGCGAGGGACGGCGAGGUCGGGGAGAGCGAGACGCGCUUCACGAUGAAGGAGAUUGAGGCUGGGGCGGAGGCGCUCUCCGCAGAGGCGCGGCGGCGGCUGCGCGCGGCCAUGGCGCGGCUCGAGGCGCUGGCCUCGGCCUCGGCUAUCUCCGAGGCGAUGCGGAGAGACGAGCCGUCGCACCUGAGCGCCGCUCUCGGCGAGGCGGCGGCGGAGAGCGGGGGUGCAGGGGGCCCGCCCCUCGCUCCGUCGGCGCGGCUUGGCGGGCUGGCUGCUUUGGGCGGAGGCAGAGGCGUGCGGCAGUCCGAGCUGGAGGAGCCGCAGCAGCAGCAGGCGGCGGUGGAGGCGGUGGACGCGAGCAGCGCCGCGCCCGCCGCGAAGCGAGCGAGGAGGGCGUGGGCGCCGUGGAAGGCGGGGACGAAGGGCCACGCCGCACUAGCGGAGGGAGGCGGGCGCGUUUGGCGGUCAGCGGGCGGCGCCCCAACCCCCAAGGGAGAGGGCGGUCGGUCGGAGCUGAGGCUGCUCGGAUGA